CCUUCCUCAGUCUCGCCAAGAUAUUCCGGGAGUCAACAGGUGCGUAGGAGCAGGCCUCCUCUCUCCGUUUUCCUUUGGGGGAAAAAAAAAGGGGAAAAAAAAAAAAAAAAAAAAAAAAAAGAAAGGAAUAAAACACUCGCCUUCCAUCCGCACGAUCGACGAAAAACGCGCGUCUCUCUUCUCCCGCCUAUCAUGCGGAUUUGAUCUGAUUCUAUUAUACAUGUAUAUAUAUAUCUAUAUAUAUAUAUUUGUGAUAUUUUCUGUCUCUUUUGUUACUUCGUGACUGGACACCGAAUCGAAUCUUCGAUCUGGACCACUCUGGAUCGACACACUGGAUCCAAGUUAACUGCGCCGAAGUUAUCUGAAAUAUGGACAUAUUCAAGAUAACGUUCAUACUGACGGCGAUGACGCUGGUCGCCUCGAGCACCGAUACCGCGGAUCUACCGAGGCCGAGCUACGCCAGGACGAUGCUGAAGGUGUCGCGAAGCCUUCCGAGCGAGACCGAAGAGUUGAAGGUGCGCACGAGCGAAGGGAACGUGGCCACGCUGAUCGUGAAACGUAGGGAGAAAUCGGCGACGAACGAGACGAGGGCCGGCGUCGCGGAGGAUCUCGAAAAUUCCCGCAAUUCGGACGUGAUAACAGCGACAAAAAACGCGGAGAACGGGACGACGAGAUCCGAGGCGAGGAGCAAGGAGGAGGUGAAGAGGCUGGAGGACGCGCAGAUAGAGCAACUGAGGGCGAAACUGUCGGACGGAGGGGCGGAGGGAGGGCGGAGGAGCUCGUCGAAAGCUGGCAACGAAUCGGCGAGGGAGGAGACGGACGAGAACGAUCGGCCGCCUAUCGGCGAGAGGAAUAUCGAUUACGGGAACUGGACGCCCCUGGGUAUGGACGGAAGGGCCGUGGUCCGUCUCGAGGAAUCGAGCAGCACCGAGGAGUAUCAGAAUUGGAAACCACUUCGAGCAAACUCGAAGACGAGCACCGCCGCAACCACAGCAGCGACCAACGAGGAGAGAUCGAACUACGCGAGGUUCGAUCCCGUCUUUCCUGCCGGUGGAUUGCUGUUGUCGCGUCAUUUUCAAGACAGGUCUCAGAGGAAGCUGGAGUUGAGCGAGAGGGGAGAGAGCGAGGAGGGGGCGCGGUACGCGUUCCUGACGCACCAGAUACGCUCGUCGAGGACCAACAUCGGGGCGAACGCGUCCAAGAACAGGGAUGGAAAGAACGUGCCGGCGGAAGUUAUGGUCAGGUCGGAGAUAAAUGUGAAAACGAACCCGAAGAGGUCGGCGAUGACGUUGGACGGGGAUGGUACACCCGUGAUCCACGGGAAAAGGGUCCCCGACGAGCCGAUCGACAAGCUUCAAACAUGGCGGAACGCUCGGGUGAUCAACAAUAAAUUGGUCCACGAUGGGGAAGCUAGCGGAGGGGAUGGGACGAUGGGGGAUCCUAGUUUCAACUUUUAUCCGACGGAGAACGUUUUGGAGAGGCAGAGGUUCGAGAGGUUUUUCCAGAACGUGAAUAGAAGGUACGGCAAAGAGUACGAGGAGGAAGGGAAGAACGUGUUCUUCGAGUGGGAUCCGAAGAAUUACAAGAACGAGGCGUUGAAAGCGGAGGUGUACGAGGCGAGGUCCGACACCUAUCGAAGCAACGGUCGGAAACGGAUGCUCCACCCUGACGGGGUGUCCGUCUACCCGGUGUCCCAACUGUACACGCCCGAGAGCCAGAAGAUAGCGCCGAUCGCGUUGAAGCCGGGCGCGAGGGCGCCCGUCCUCCAAUACGCCCAUCCGGAACUGGGCGUCCAACCGGCCAAGAUCGUGAAGAACGAGAAGAAACGGCCCGACAAUUUCCCCGAGAAUCAAUACUCGUUCACGGAGCAAAGGCAGAAGAAGAAAUACGUGUUGAACGACAAGAAUAUCGUGGACACUUACACGACCAAGAACUAUUAUCCGAAUCAACAUUUCUACGGGUUGAAGAGGCCGAGCGACGCGCCGUUCUGGGUGAAAAUCUCCGAGAACUUGAAGAAUCAAUUCUCGAACGGCGUGGAGAAGAUGUCGCAAUUCACGAAACCGGUGAUCGAUCCACUGGUGGAGGCGACCCAUAAAAUUUCCCAAAAUUUGGGCCUCUCGAAUCGGGGCAAGGAGGCGCAGGACAAGGUCGGCACGGUCGCAUCAGGCACCACGAGCAUCCUUAUACCGGCGCUUGGCCUCGUCGCAUCGGGCGCUGCACUCGGGAUCGGGGCGGUCGCCGUCGGCAGAUACCUGGACGUGGACGUGUUGAAAAGAUCGGGCGACGCGUUGGCCGGGACCGAGGUCGAGUAUCGAAGAGCUUUGGACGAGGCGAUGGGGGGCGGGGAGCGAGGGAACGAUGAUAAGAGCUCGAGCGGAGCGACGUACGACGGGGGCGUAUACUUGUUCGAGGAGGGGGGAAGGAAGGGCGAGGGGGAGAAGGUUGGAAACGGAGAUCGAAACGGAGUUUUGUUGAUCGUCGAGGAAGAGGAUGGGGGGAAGGGGAGGGAGAACGGGGACGAAACGAUGGAUUCGAAACGGAGUUUAAGAAGGAGACGGAGCCUCAAUUACUUGGACGUGUUCCAGGCCGAGGGAAAUUUGAAAAAUUUGAUCAGGAACAAACGUCUUCAACGAAAGGGAGCCGAUUCGAUCAGCGAGAUCGUGGAGAUAGAUCUUCCAGCGCGCGAGGGAAGCGUGGACGUGACGGAAUUUCUCGUCCCGAGGAGAAAGAUCGAGUCCUCCCCCAACGGGGGGAAGGAGGAGGAUUCCGCCAUUUUGAUAAUCGACAAUGGAUCCACGUUGGCUAAAUUUCUGUCCAGCAACGAUUCGAAAGAUUCGGACUCGAAGAACUCUGUGGAGGCGAGAAAUUCGGUGGACGAGAGGGACGAGAGACGGAAGAGGAGAAGGAGGAGGAGGAGCGUAGAAAGCGAUCAGGAAUUGGAGGAUGCGCUUCAGAAUUUGGAGAACGCCGAGAUAGCGGAGGUGGCCCACAUAGAUGGAGACUGGACGAAUACGCCUUGUGCAAAGAGGAUAUUUUGCGAUACCAUGAUCCAGAGAGGGCCUGACGCUGUUAUUACGAUGGAGAAGAAAAUGGCCGCCCUUUUGGGCCUAAUUCAACCAGGCGCAGCCGUCCAAGUGUCGAGCCAUUUCCAACAGGUGAUGGACGCGGUGCGAAGACACGAUUGUUCCAGCUUCCUCUGCCCUCAGGCCAGGCCAGGGAACGUCUUCUUCUAGAUCCCUCUUCUAGAUCUUCGACUCUCCCACCUCCUGGAGGAAAGCGGAAAUGAUAAAUCGUCGAUUUCACGAACGCGUUCGGUGAAAGCGUCGAACACUUGGACAGACCUGCUCUCCAGAUCGCCGUUCUCGAAAAUUUCUCGUCGAAAUUUUUCUCCUCGAUCGCAAAGAAUCGCAGGAUUUUUCGUUUCGCAAGAAAAUUUUUGGAAAAAAAAAAAAAAAAUUCGUGGGGGCAAAACGGAGUCGAAAUCGCACCAGCCAAAAUAUGUACAUAUUCACCACUUUUAUAUUAUUUAAUAUAAAUAUCCUGUGUAAUUUAAGAGACUUUUAGAAACGUUUAUUAAAUGAUACAUUUUACUCGGAGGACCUGAUCGCGUAAGUUAUCUCAAAUUUCACCUAAAUUCUCUGCUUGUUAUUACACACGUUAUUAGAACGAAAUCAUUUCGAUAUGUAUUUCUCAUAUUAUUAUAUCGCAUAUCCUUUUUGUUUAGGUCAAAUUUGAGUACUUGAGUACUUUUGGAGAUCUUGUCUUUUUUCUUUUUCUAAACUACGGAUUUUUCUCGAGGGACCGAGAAAUCCGAUCUCUCGAGAAAAUCGACGGGCAAGUACGGUUUGUAGUGCAUCAUCUUAAGCGACGUAUUUAUUUUUACGUUUUUUUACUCAUCCAUUUUUUUCCAAUCCGCGUGAUAAAAAAA